AUGCGUAGCUGGGUAAUCCGUUACGAUGGAUGGUACUACCUUACCUACACAACAACGGACAACAUCACACUUCUUCGCAGCCAAGUCCUCACUAAUUGGAACACCGCCGAACGCCGUCUCCUGUUCCAGCCGCCGGAGGAAACAGACUACUCUACGAACCUCUGGGCGCCCGAACUCCACCACAUCAACAAUGCCUGGUACGUUAUCUUCACUGCGGACCCGAACAACGACCAGCCGCCGCCUGAGGUCGACAUGUUCUGCGAGUAUAGCUGCCCUGCUGUGCACCAUCGAAUGUACGUACUUGAAGGCGACAGCGGCGACCCCUGGACUGCGACCUUCGCCAUGAAAGCGCAGCUGAACACGUUCGAUCAAUUCGCUAUCGACGGGACCUACUUCCAGCACUCAACGGGGCUGUACCACAUCUACAGCUGCUGGUACCGCCAGUAUGACGGCUGGCCCGCCAAUCUAUGCAUCACCAAGAUGUCCAACCCCUGGACCGUCUCCUCCAACUUCUCCGAGCGGCAGAUCAUCAGCGUACCUUCGAACCCCUGGGAAAGAACCCCCUACGGCCGCCCCUUCAACGACCGUCUCUCCUCCAACGAGGGGCCCCAACAACUCACCAAUCAGGCCACGGGCCAACAAUUCCUCAUCUACAGCGCCGCGCGUUCUGACAACCGGAACUACUGCCUUGGCCAACUCGAGCUCGUAGGCGACGAUCCCAUGAACCCGUCCGACUGGCGCAAGAACAGCGAGGGGUGCGUGUUUUACCAGAAUGCGCUCGAGGGGGCUUAUGGGGUCGGCCAUGCGAGCUUUGUGAAGAGUCCUGAUGGGGCGGAGGAUUGGAUCGUUUAUCAUGGGAUGAGGGAUCCGAGGGAGGGGUGGCGGGCGAGGACGAUUCGUGCGCAGAGGUUUGGGUGGGGGGAGGACGGGGCGCCGAGGUUUCCGAGGCCGGGGUAUGGGCCUUUCGAGGUGCCUAGUGGGCAAUCUUGA